UAUCGAUACGACUUUUUCAACUUCUGCCCAACACUCGGCCAUUUUGGUCAAAGUCACCUCAGUGUAAAGUUCUUGUUUUGUUCUUAAAUUCCGUAAACGAGUCCCUAAUACAACUUCAAAAUGGUUAGGGAGAACAAGGCAGCAUGGAAGGCUCAAUACUUCAUCAAGGUUGUGGAACUCUUUGACGAGUUUCCAAAGUGUUUCAUUGUGGGCGCCGACAAUGUGGGCUCCAAGCAGAUGCAGAACAUCCGUACCAGCUUGAGAGGAUUGGCUGUGGUGUUGAUGGGAAAGAACACCAUGAUGAGGAAGGCUAUUCGUGGUCAUUUGGAGAACAAUCCACAAUUGGAGAAAUUGUUGCCCUAUAUUAAGGGCAAUGUUGGCUUCGUUUUCACCAAGGGCGAUUUGGCCGAGGUUCGUGACAAGCUGUUGGAAUCCAAAGUUCGUGCUCCAGCUCGUCCCGGUGCCAUUGCUCCAUUGAAUGUCAUCAUUCCGGCCCAGAACACCGGUCUGGGACCCGAGAAGACCAGUUUCUUCCAGGCUCUGUCCAUCCCCACUAAGAUUUCCAAGGGUACUAUUGAAAUCAUCAACGACGUGCCAAUUCUGAAGCCUGGCGACAAAGUGGGUGCCUCUGAGGCCACUCUGCUGAACAUGUUGAACAUCUCGCCCUUCUCGUACGGUUUGAUUGUUAACCAGGUCUACGAUUCUGGUUCCAUUUUCUCACCCGAGAUUUUGGACAUCAAGCCCGAGGAUUUGCGUGCCAAGUUCCAGCAAGGUGUUGCCAAUUUGGCUGCCGUUUGUUUGUCGGUGGGUUAUCCAACCAUCGCAUCGGCUCCACACAGCAUUGCCAACGGUUUCAAGAACCUGUUGGCCAUUGCUGCCACCACCGAGGUGGAGUUCAAGGAGGCAACCACCAUCAAGGAGUACAUCAAGGAUCCCAGCAAGUUUGCAGCUGCCGCAUCGACAACCGCUGCCCCAGCUGCUGGCGGUGCUGGCGACAAGAAGGAGGAAGCCAAGAAGGUCGAGUCCGAAUCCGAAGAGGAGGAUGAUGACAUGGGCUUUGGUCUUUUUGAUUAAACAGCUGCUUCUAGCAGUUUUCAUGAAAGUUCAUUUGGUUCGAAUGCAAAUUAUUGUCGCGGUUUGACAAUCCCAAUGGCAAGUUGCAUUAACGAACAAUAAAAAUAACUGAACAAAAGUAAAAAAAAAAAA